CCCGCCCCGCAGUACCCCCGUUACAGCCGGGCCGAGGUGGCGCGGCACCGCACCCCGAGCGACCGCGUGUGGGUCACCUACGGCACCGAGGUCUUCGAUGUCACCGAUUUCGUGGAGCUGCACCCGGGGGGACCGGACAAAAUCCUGCUGGCGGCCGGGGGGGCUUUGGAGCCUUUUUGGGCUCUUUACGCCGUUCACAGCCAGCCCCACGUGCUGGAGCUGCUCCGUGACUACAAAGUGGGCGAGCUGAGCCCCGAGGACUCCGCGCCACCCGCGGGGGACAUCAAGGACCCGUUCGCCGGGGACCCUCCUCGCCACCCGGCGCUGCGGGUGAACAGCUUGAAGCCUUUUAACGCCGAGCCGCCCCCGGAGCUGCUGACCCAGAGUUUCCUGACCCCCAACGAGCUUUUCUUCACCCGCAACCACCUCCCGGUGCCCUCCGUGGAUCCGGGCUCCUACCGGCUGCGCGUCGAGGGUCCCGGCGGCCGCGCGCUGUCGCUGUCGCUGUCGGAGCUGCGCCAGCGCUUCCCGAAACACGAAGUGACGGCCACGCUGCAAUGCGCCGGGAACCGCAGAUCCGAGAUGAGCCGGGUCCGACCCGUCAAGGGGCUGGCCUGGGACAUCGGGGCCAUCAGCACGGCUCGCUGGGGAGGAGCCCGGCUCCGCGACGUGCUGCUGGCCGCCGGUUUCGGCGAGCGAACCGACGAGGACGGCGAGUGGCACGUGUGCUUCGAGGGCUUGGACGAGGACGCUUCGGGGACGCCGUACGGAGCGUCCAUCCCGUUCAAACGAGCGCUCAGCGCCGAGGCCGAGGUGCUGCUGGCGUACGAGAUGAACGGGCAGGAGCUGCCGAGGGAUCACGGCUUCCCCGUGCGGGUGCUGGUGCCCGGCGUGGUGGGGGCGCGGAGCGUGAAGUGGCUGCGGAGCGUGGUGGUGUCACCGUCCGAGAGCCAGAGCCACUGGCAGCAGAACGAUUACAAAGGGUUCUGCCCGUCCGUGGACUGGGAUUCCGUGGAUUUCCGAGCCGCUCCGGCCAUCCAGGAGCUGCCGGUGCAGUCGGCGAUCACCGAGCCGCGGCCCGGGGCGGCCGUGCCCGCCGGGGAGCUCACGGUCAAGGGAUACGCGUGGAGCGGGGGAGGAAGGGAGGUGGUCAGGGUGGACGUGUCGCUGGACGGGGGCCGCACGUGGCGAGUGGCCGAGCUGGCCCCGCGGCCGCUCCGGGGCCGGGGCUGGGCCUGGGCGCUCUGGGAGCUGCGGGCGGCGGCGCCCGAGGGUGCCCGGCUCGACAUCGUGUGCAAGGCCGUGGACAGCAGCUACAACGUGCAGCCCGACAGCGUGGGAGCCAUCUGGAACCUGCGAGGGGUCCUGAGCAACGCCUGGCACCGCGUCCCUGUCACUGUCACCCGCUGAGGGACACAUUGGGGACAUUGGGGACAUCAUCCACUGAGGGACACCAUUGGAACAUUGGGGACUUUGGGACACUGGGGACACUGGGGACAUUAGAGACAUCACCCACUAAGGGACAUCAUUGGGACAUUGGGGACUUUGGGACACU